AUGCAACUUCGUUCAAAGCUCGCUCUUUUAGUUUAUAUUGAGGAAACCAGUGAAAGUUGCUACAAAGUUAUACUAAAUUCUUGGGACGUCAUUGACAAAAUUGCUUCUCAGCCAAAUGGUCUUUCCAUUUUGAGCAAUAAAUUCAACAUAUGCUAUCCAUUAGAGCAUAGCCAUGAAUUGAAAGACUAUUUGCGGUUACUUUAUAACUCUGUAGCUCAGUACAGUUUUCCUCUAGUUAGGGAUAUCUGUAAGGCCAUUGAUGGAGCUGCCUUUGGAAGUGAUGUCCUCAGUAAGAUAUACGGAGCUGCUGUUGUUUACGAAGGAAACAACACAUGUAAAGUUAAUCCAAAAGAAUAUGAUGUAAAGCCAUUUUACGGUUGGCAUUGGCAGGUUUGCAGUGAAAUUGUGAUGCCCAUUGGUAUUGGGAAUUCUUCCAUGUUUCAACCCAAACCAUUCAACUUCGAGAGCUAUGCUAAAAAGUGUAUGAAAGAUUUUGGUGUCAUAAAUGUCAAGUAUUAUGGAGGUCAUAAUAUAAAGCUAGUUCUUCAAAAGUUUGGAAGCAAUAUUAUAUUUUCAAAUGGACUAAGAGAUCCUUACAGCAGUAGUGGCGGGGUUUUGAAUGACAUCUCUGACAGUCUUGCCACUGCCCUGAAAUAUUUUUUCCAAAAUGGUCCUCCAUCCUAG